AUGCAGUUCGUUAAGUUGGAUUUUAUACUUCUUUUCUGCUGGUGGAAGUUGGUUCCGCUGGUGUCCAGUUACGCGGUUCACCUCGGCGAGGACGCCCGGCCGAGGACGGUGCUGGCCGGCGUGGAGCAGCGCGCGCGAUGCGCUCUUGAUCAGGUGCUCGCCCCCAAAGCCACCGAGCGCUUCUUAGACACAGACCCUGCGACGGGAACCGUUUACCUUUCCGACUCUAUAAAGUGCGCCUGGCUGCGCUCCAACCCGUUUACGCUUUAUAUUGUGUCGGACUGCGUGGACUCCGUGGGUUCCGGCUACCGGCAUCUCAUUACCAGCCGCUAUGACGUCCACGUCCACGGGAGAAACUGCAUUAAGAAACCUACAAAGAAAGCGGAGUGGGACAUGGAGGUGCUGAGUAUAUUCAUCAAGCCCGCACAGUGUCACCAAGCAGGCUUUGCUUUAUUUCCAGUCAGGGGGCUCCUACCUGGAGAGCCCACCCGCUGCCGGGUCACCAGCCGAGGUCACUUUUACUUCUCUGACGGGGACUUGUUUGUGUCUGAGACUCUGUGCUGGAGCCAAGACACGCUUUUGGAGUUGGACCUGCUCUGCGAUGUCCUGGUAGGUGACGGUUCCACUCGUGUUGACCCCAUCUUCAUCCACUGGCGUGUGGGACAGGGUCCCUUUCUUCAAGGCCACAUCAAAAAGCUACUCGAAAAGACAACUCGCACCAACAUGGGAAUUGUGGGCAGGAGAAGGAGAAGCAUCAACAGCAGUCCUCAGUUUCAGCCCCCGAUGUACCAGGUGUUAGUGGCGGAAAACAAGCCAGCUGGGACUUCUGUUGUUAUUUUAAAAGCAGUGGAUGCAGACGAGGGCGAAGCGGGCCGGCUGGAGUAUUUUAUUGAGGCUCUCUUUGACAGCCGCUCCAAUAACCUUUUUGCUGUGGAUCCGGCCAGUGGGGCCGUGUCUACAGUGGAAGUGCUGGAUCGUGAGACGAAAGAAACCCACGUGUUCCGCGUGACAGCAGUGGACCAUGGGACGCCACGACGCACGGCCAUGGCCACGCUCACCGUCACAGUCAGUGACACUAAUGACCAUGAUCCCGUUUUUGAGCAGCAGGACUAUAAGGAGAGCAUCAGGGAGAAUCUGGAGAUUGGCUACGAAGUAUUGACUGUGAGGGCCACUGAUGGCGACGCACCUGUUAACGGUAACAUCCUUUAUCAAAUUCUUAAUAGUAAUGGAUCAAAUGAUGUCUUUGAGAUUGACGCCAGGUCUGGUGUUAUUCGCACCAAAGGCCUUGUAGACAGGGAGGCAGUUGAUGCCUAUAUGUUGUUAGUCCAGGCAAAUGACCAAGGCCGUGAGCCCGGACCCCGUAGUGCCACAGCUACUGUUUAUAUUGUGGUAGAAGAUGACAAUGACAAUGCUCCCCAGUUUAGUGAGAAACGCUACAUUGUCCAAGUGCCUGAGGACUUAGCCCCUAAUACUGAAAUCAUGCAGGUGACAGCCACAGAUCAGGACAGGGGGAGCAACGCUAUGGUCCACUUUAGCAUCAUGAGUGGCAACUCCAGGGGGCAGUUUUAUAUUGAUGCCCAAACUGGUAAAAUGGACCUGGUGAGUCAUCUAGAUUACGAGGCAAGCAAAGAAUACACUUUAAGAAUCCGAGCUCAAGAUGGAGGCCGUCCCCCUCUUUCCAACAUCAGUGGCCUGGUCACAGUGCAGGUGCUGGAUGUUAAUGACAAUGCCCCAAUUUUUGUGAGCACACCAUUUCAAGCCACUGUUUUGGAGAAUGUACCGCUAGGCUACUCAAUCAUCCACAUCCAAGCUGUGGAUGCAGACUCUGGCGACAACUCCAGGCUGGACUAUCGGCUCACUGAAACCAUGCCGGACUUCCCUUUCACCAUCAACAACAGUACAGGGUGGAUUGUAGUGGCAGCUGAACUGGAUAGGGAGAGUGUUGAUUUUUACAACUUUGGAGUGGAGGCCCGAGAUCACGGCUACCCUCCCAUGUCCUCCUCCGCCAGCAUUAGCAUGACCAUUCUUGAUGUAAAUGACAACAACCCAGAGUUCACCCAAAAAGCGUACUAUAUGCGACUGAAUGAGGAUGCGGCUGUGGGGACCAGUGUGGUGACGGUGUCUGCUGUGGACCAGGAUAUAAACAGUGUGGUGACAUACCAGAUAUCCAAUGGAAACACUCGCAACAGGUUCUCCAUCACAAGUCAGAGUGGAGGUGGGCUUAUCACGCUAGCGCUGCCUUUAGAUUAUAAACUAGAGCGCCAGUAUGUACUGACUGUGACUGCAAGUGAUGGUACACUGUUUGACACGGCAAAAGUGUUUGUGAACGUUACUGAUGCCAACACACACCGGCCCGUGUUCCAGAGCUCCCAUUACACAGUCAACAUCAAUGAGGACAGGCCAAUGGGCACCACGGUUGUCCUAAUAAGUGCCACGGAUGAAGAUACAGGAGAAAAUGCCCGCAUCACUUAUUUUAUGGAUGACAGCAUCCCUCAGUUUGACAUCGAUCCUGACACGGGUGCCGUCACCACACUGAUGGAACUGGAUUACGAAGACCAGGUUUCCUACACAUUGGCCAUCACUGCCCGUGACAACGGCAUCCCGCAGAAGUCUGACACAACCUACCUGGAGAUACUGGUGAACGACGUAAACGACAACUCGCCACGUUUCCUCAGAGACAAUUACCUGGGCUCUGUGAUGGAAGACGUGCCUGUCUUCACAAGCGUGGUCCAGGUGUCAGCCACUGAUCGAGACUCUGGCCUUAACGGGCGCGUCUUCUACACCUUCCAGGGUGGUGACGACGGGGAUGGAGACUUCAUUAUCGAAUCCACCUCUGGUAUUGUUCGCACACUGCGCAGAUUAGAUCGAGAAAAUGUGCCUGUUUACAGCCUGCAAGCUUUUGCAGUGGAUAAAGGCAUUCCAGCAUUAAAAACACCAAUCAACAUACAAGUGACAAUUCUUGAUGUAAAUGACAACCCUCCUGUAUUUGAGAAAGAUGAGUUUGACAUUAUGGUAGAUGAAAACACCCCAAUUGGCCUUGUGGUUGCACUUAUUUCAGCAACAGACCCAGACGAAGGGAGUAAUGCUCAGAUUAUGUACCAGAUAGUGGAGGGAAACAUGCCAGAAAUGUUUCAGCUGGAUAUCUUCUCAGGAGAACUGACAUCGCUAAUAGACUUGGACUAUGAAAUGAGGUCUGAAUACAUCAUAGUGGUCCAGGCAACCUCAGCCCCCCUUGUCAGCCGGGCUACAGUCCAUGUCAAACUCGUGGACAAGAACGACAACGUGCCUGUGCUUAAAAACUUCAAGAUCAUCUUCAACAACUAUGUGACGGACAAAUCCAGCAGCUUCCCAGCAGGAGUGAUCGGUCGCAUCCCCGCCCAUGACCCGGAUGUGUCGGACCAGCUUCACUACAGCUUUGAAGUGGGGAAUGAGUUGAACCUUGUGCUGCUGAACCAAACAACAGGGGAGAUCCAGCUCAGCCAGGCCCUGGAUAAUAACCGUCCCCUAGAGGCUUCAAUGCGAAUCUCAGUGUCAGAUGGUGUCCACUCUGUGUCGGCCCAGUGCCUUCUCCAGGUCACCAUCAUCACAGAUGAGAUGUUGUCCAACAGCAUCACACUGAGGCUGGCCAACACUUCUCAGGAGCACUUCCUCUCCCUACUGCUUGCUCAGUUCCUGGACGGUGUUGCACGCGUGCUCUCCGCAGCCCCGGAAGACGUCGUCAUUUUUAACAUUCAGGACGACACCGAUGUCAGCGCCCGAAUCCUGAACGUCAGCCUGUCCGUGGCCGUGCCCGGCGACGCCCCACAGCGGAGUUCGGGCCUCGGCCAGCGCAGAGAAGACGACACCAGAAGAGGAGCGGAAGGGGGCGGGCCGGAGUUUUUCGGUUCCGAGGAACUCCAGGAGAGGCUGUACCUAAACCGCAGCUUGCUGGCCCAAAUAUCCUCCCAGGAAGUUCUGCCCUUCGAUGACAACAUCUGCUUGCGGGAGCCCUGUGAGAACUACAUGAAGUGCGUUUCCGUGCUAAAGUUUGACAGCCUGGCCCCUUUUGUGGCAUCCGACACCAUCCUCUUCCGGCCCAUCCACCCCAUCGCUGGCCUACGCUGCCGCUGUCCCUCCGGGUUCACGGGAGACUACUGCGAGACCGAGAUCGACCUGUGCUACUCCAAACCCUGUGGCGCUCACGGCGUGUGUCGUAGCAGAGAGGGAGGCUUCACCUGUGAGUGCAUGGACGACUAUACAGGAGAGCGGUGCGAGCUGUCAUCACGCUCCGGCCGCUGUGCUGCAGGAGUCUGCAAGAACGGCGGCGUGUGUGUCAACCUCCUGGUGGGUGGCUUCAAGUGCGAUUGCCCUUCGGGCGGCUAUGAGAAGCCUUACUGCGAGAUGACCAUGCGAAACUUCCCCCCGAACUCCUUCCUCACCUUUAAAGGCCUCCGCCAGCGCUUCCACUUCACCGUCUCGCUCACAUUUGCUACUAAAGAGCCUAAUGGUUUAUUGUUGUACAAUGGUCGCUUCAAUGAGAAACACGACUUCAUUGCCAUGGAAAUUAUCAACGAGCAAAUUCAGGUCACCUUCUCGGCAGGUGAAACCAAGACCACCGUUUCACCUUUUGUUGUCGGCGGUGUGAGCGACGGCCAGUGGCAUGUGGUGGAGGUCAACUACUACAACAAGCCCAUUCUUAACCAGGCGGGUCUGCCGCAGGGUCCCUCCGAGCAGAAGGUUGUGGUUGUGACUGUUGACAACUGUGACAACCCUGUGGCUCUGAGGUUUGGUCACGUGAUUGGAAACUACACCUGCUCCGCGCAGGGAAGCCAAUCGGGAAGCAAAAAAUCACUGGACCUGACUGGUCCGCUGCUCCUCGGAGGAGUCCCCAAGCUCCCCGAGGACUUUCCUGUCCGCAACCACCAGUUUGUGGGCUGCAUGAAGAACUUGCGUGUGGACAACCAACGCGUCGACAUGGCAGGCUUCAUCGCUAACAACGGAACGAUGCCUGGAUGUUCUGCCAAAAGACACUUCUGUAACAACAACCCGUGCACAAAUGGAGGCACCUGCGUCAACCUGUGGGGAUCCUUCAGCUGUGAUUGUCCGCUUGGAUUCGGAGGAAGAAACUGUGAAAGAGUAAUGGCCAACCCACAGCGUUUCCUGGGCAACAGCUUGUUGCAGUGGAACAACCUGGCGACAGUGACGUCGGUCCCCUGGCACGUGGAGCUGAUGCUGCGUACCCGUCAGGCGAGCGCCAUGCUUCUGCACAUCUCCUCUGGCCUGCGGCACAACCUCACCCUGCAGCUACGUGGUGGGAGUGUGCUGAUGGGCCUGCACAGGGGGGAAGACUCCACACUUUCCCGCGUGGAGGAGGUGCUGGUAAACGAUGGCGACUGGCAUCAUUUGCAACUAGAUAUCAGCAGUUUGAGCGGGCCGGCGGGUCACCAUAAAGCGGUUCUAUCAGUCGAUCAUGGGUUUUACCUGGCCAGUAUGCAGGUGGAUGGGGAGUUGCAAGAGUCCAAGCUGAAGGCUGUGAGUGUUGGCGGUUUAGCGAAGCCCGAUGGGAAAAUUCAGCAUGGCUUCCAAGGAUGCAUACAAGGUCUGCGAGUCGGUGGGGCUCUGAGUUUGAGUCAGGCCAGGAAGGUGAACGUGGAGGUGGGCUGUAACGUGCCUGACCCCUGCGGCUCCAGCCCCUGUCCCGCCAACGGCUACUGCAGCGACGACUGGGACAGCUACUCGUGCACGUGCCGCUCUGGUUUCUACGGCACCAACUGCACAGAUGCGUGCACACUCAACCUGUGUGAGCACGAGUCCACUUGCACCAGAAAAACCAGCUCCCCCCGCGGUUACACAUGUGACUGUCCGCACAACUACUUUGGCCAUUACUGCGAGAAAAAGACUGACCUGCCUUGUCCCCGAGGUUGGUGGGGUCACAAGACCUGUGGUCCAUGUAACUGUCCAACUGAUCGUGGGUUUGAUUCAGAUUGUAACAAGACCAGCGGAGAGUGUCGCUGUAAGGACAAUCACUACCGUCCCGAAGGAAGCGACACAUGCCUGCUCUGCGACUGCUAUCCGGUGGGCUCCUUCUCCAGAACUUGCGAGCGCGAGAGCGGUCAGUGUCCGUGUAAAGCAGGCGUGAUCGGACGCCAGUGCGACCGCUGCGACAACCCCUUCGCCGAGGUUUCUUCUAACGGCUGCGAAGUCAUCUAUGACAGCUGCCCUCAGGCCAUCCAGGCUGGAAUCUGGUGGCCCAGGACCAAGUUUGGGCUCCCCGCAGCAGUCCCCUGCCCCAAGGGGACCAUGGGCACUGCCAUUCGCCACUGUGACGAGCACAAGGGUUGGCUGCCUCCUAAUCUCUUCAACUGCACGUCGGUCACCUUCAGCCAGCUGAGAGUGUUGUCUGAAAGGUUUUCCCAUAACGCAUCUCUGCUGGAUUCGAGCCGCGUCCAGCAGACAGCGGCCAUGUUGGCCAACGCCACAGUUCAUACAGAAAAGUACUACGGCAGCGAUGUGAAAGUGGCCUACGGCCUCACUCAGAGGCUGUUGCAGCACGAGAGCGAGCAGCAGGGAUUCAACCUUACGGCCACGCAGGACGUCCACUUCACCGAGAACCUGGUCCACGUGGGCAGUGCCAUUCUGUCUCCAGACACCCGACCACACUGGGAGUUGAUCCAGCAUACGGAAGGUGGCACGGCAGCACUGCUGCGCCGUUACGAGGAAUACGCCAACACUCUGGCGCAGAACAUGAGGAAGACAUACCUCAGCCCCUUCACCAUCGUCACGCCGCACAUUGUCAUCUCAGUGGACCGUCUGAAAAAGAUGAAUUUUGCCGGAGCCAAACUACCACGGUACCAGUCUCUGAGGGGCCCUCGUCCCACCGAUCUGGAGACUACCGUCACCCUGCCAGACUCAGUCUUCCGGCCGCCCGUGGACACCAAGAGCCGCAGGAACUUGGACAUUUUACCGGAAUCUUCGCCGAGAAACCGUUCCACCAACAGGAAGCGGCGCCACCCUGAUGUUGACGAGCCGGAUGCCGUCGCCAGCGUCAUCAUCUUCCACAGUCUGGCAUCUCUGCUACCUGAGAGCUACGACCCUGACAAGAGAAGUCUCCGCGUGCCAAAGCGUCCCGUGAUCAACACCCCCGUGGUGAGCAUCACAGUCCACGAUAACGACGAGCUGUUGAAGCAUCCGCUGGACAAACCCAUCACGGUGCAGUUCCGCCUUGUAGCCACCGAGGAGCGCUCCAAACCCAUUUGCGUCUUCUGGAACCACACCAUACUAGCUGGAAGGGGCGGCUGGUCAGCGAAAGGCUGCGAAGUGGUCUUUCGAAACAACACUCACAUUAGCUGUCAGUGUUAUCACAUGACUAGCUUUGCUGUGCUCAUGGACAUCUCCAGAAGGGAGAAUGGUGAGAUCCUGCCCAUCAAAAUCCUGUCGUGGAGCACCGUUGGCGUCACCCUGGGCUUCCUCUUCCUCACCACCGUAUUCCUGCUGUGUCUGAGAGCCAUGCAAUGCAACAAGACCAGCAUUGUGAACAACGGUGCCACCGCUCUCUUCCUGUCCGAGCUUGUCUUCAUCCUGGGAAUCAACCAGGCUGACAAUCCAUUUUUGUGCACGGUCAUCGCUAUCCUGCUGCACUUCUUCUACCUGUGCACUUUCUCAUGGCUUUUUCUGGAGGGCCUGCACGUCUACCGCAUGAUCAGUGAAGUGCGAGAUAUCAACUAUGGACCCAUGAGGUUCUACUAUCUGAUUGGCUGGGGAGUACCUGCCUUCAUCACAGGUUUGGCAGUAGGAUUGGACCCCGAAGGAUACGGCAACCCAGACUUUUGCUGGCUGUCCAUGUACGACACCCUCAUCUGGAGCUUUGCCGGACCUAUUGCCAUGGUGGUUUCGAUGAAUGUCUUCCUGUACAUCCUGUCGUCUAAGGCGUCGUGCUCACUCAAGCGCCAAAGCAUGGAGAAGAAGGAGCCUCGCGUGUCGGGCCUGAAAACGGCCGGUGGCGUCCUCUUCCUGGUUUCAGUCACGUGCUUCCUGGCUUUGCUUUCUGUCAACAGUGACAUGAUCAUCUUUCAUUACUUGUUUGCUGGCUUCAACUGUGUGCAGGGUCCCUUCAUCUUCUUCUUUCGGAUUGUUUUCAAUAAAGAAGCGAGAAACGCCAUGAAAUAUUGCUGUGGACACAAACACCCCGACCACAUGAUUAAAUCCAAAUCAUCGGGCUACAAUUGCAAUAGCAACUACAUGGAUGGCAAGUUGUACCACCUUCCCUUCGGGGAGUCCAGCGUCUCUCUGAACGGCACCAUGCAGAGCACCAAAAGUCAGCAUAGCUAUGUGCCUUUUGUACUCAGGGACGACUGUCUGAGCACCAGCCAGGCGCACAUCGCCCUCAAUGACCACACGUCGCUCUUCCACGAAACGGACGAGCGCGUGGUUGACGAUCGUGACAGCGACUCAGACAGUGACUUGUCACUGGAGGAUGACCAGAGCGGCUCCUACGCCUCGACGCACUCCUCCGACAGCGAGGACGAGGAGGGUCCUCUGCGUCCUGAAGAAUGCUGGGAAAACUUGGCGUCCAAUGGAGCUAAACGGCCACAAGCACAUGACGGCAGAUUGUACUGGCCUGCAGCAGCGAGUGAGGGAGAAGUUAGCGAUGCUGAGAGACUCAAGGUCAAUUCCGAGUCAUCGAAUGAGCGCAGCCACGAUGUGGUAUCGGUCCUGCUGCCCCCCAUGCCCAACUUCCACGCCCACCCCCACAAAGGCAUCUUAAAGAAAAAGCAGCUCUCCCCAAUCAUAGAGAGGAACGGCUUCAACCGCAUCCACAAUGAACUGUGCGACGACGGGCCGGGCUCAGCCUCCCCCCACGGCUCGUCCUGUAGCGAGCGACACUCCGGCAUCGCUAAGGCCAGCCUGCCCGAGCAGUUGAAUGGCGUCGCUGUGAGCAUCAAGGCAGGAACGGUGGACGGUGACUCGUCUGGAUCAGAAAGCCACUGCAACACUGCCAUGUGA